AUGGCCCUGUCCAAAAAACUGAGGCUCCUGCUCUUCCUGGCGUCCCAGCUGGCUCUGCUGUUCCUCCUGCUCUGCGCGUACAGGGGCGAGGGCGAGGGCGGCGGGCAGCGGGAGCGCGCGCAGCGCGUGCACGUGCUGGUGCUGUCGUCCUGGCGCUCGGGCUCGUCCUUCGUGGGCCAGCUGUUCAGCCAGCACCCGGACGUCUUCUACCUGAUGGAGCCCGCCUGGCACGUGUGGAUGACCUUCACGCAGAGCACGGCGGGGACGCUGCACAUGGCGGUGCGGGACCUGGUGCGCUCCAUCUUCCUGUGCGACAUGGACGUGUUCGACGCCUACCUGGCGCCGGGGCCGCGGGCGCAGUCCAGCCUGUUCCAGUGGGCGGUGAGCCGGGCGCUGUGCUCGCCGCCCGCCUGCGGCGCCUUCCCGCGCGGGGCCAUCAGUAGCGAGGCG